AUUUUCUGUCCCAACUGCUGCUUAAGAAAUUCUCAUUGGAGUUGGUCUAAGUCGUUGAGACUCUUGUCAUUCUGUCAUUUAACUCCGAACUCGUCAAGUCAACACGAUGGGUAUAAAGAGUGUAAUUGCGAACGCGGGCGGUAAGCGCAAGUCCUCCGCCCCUGCGAAGAGCGAAAGACACGAUAGAGCCAAGAAAGUCAAGCUCGACGCUCCCAAGAAGCCAUUCCACAAGAAGGCUGCAGCCACAACCAGCGACGAGGGCGACUUCGACGGACUGUCCGACUCUGAGGAUGGAGGAGCGAAACUGGAGUCUGCCUCCGAUGUGAAGAAGCCGCGACAGAAUCUCGAAAAUAGCAGGCCUGGCCAGGACGCCAACGGCACAGGCCAAACCUCGAGAGAAAGCCACCAGAAGCAGAAGCAAUUAGCCCAGGAGCGGAAAGCCGCGAAGCCAUUGGCCGACGAACUUCUCCGGACCAAGAAGAUCUGGGAAAAGCUGCGACGGAAGUCCCAUGUGGUCAAGGAAGAGCGGCAAGCGCUGGUGACCGAGCUCUACGCCAUCAUAACCGGCCGAGUCAAGGACUUCGUGCUCAAGCACGACGCCGUCCGCGCUGUGCAAACGGCGAUCAAGUACUCGACGCCAGACCAGCGGAAGCAGAUUGCGAAAGAACUCCAGGGAUCGUACGCAGUGCUCGCCGAGAGCAGAUAUGCCAAGUUCCUCAUUGGAAAGCUCCUCAUCCAGAACGACACCGAGAUUAGGGACAUCAUCGUCCCCGAGUUCUAUGGCAAGGUGCGGAAGCUGAUCAACCACCCCGAAGCUUCCUGGAUUCUGGACGACAUCUACCGUGGCGCUGCUACGAAGGAGCAAAAGGCCAUUAUUCUACGCGAAUGGUACGGUCCCGAGUUUGUCCUGUUCCGGGGGGCAUCGACGGUCGAGGGCACGGCAGAUCUGUCUCAGAUUCUCGAGAGCGAGCCAAGCAAGAGAUCGUCCAUCCUAGAGUAUCUAUUGGGCCUGAUCAACCAGCUCAUUCAGAAGAAGCUAACCGGCUUCACCAUGCUGCACGACGCCAUGCUCCAGUACUUCCUCAAUCUCAAGCCGGAGAGCGAGGAGAUGAAAGCGUUUUCCGACAUGGUCAAGGAUGACGAGAAUGGCGAUCUGUUGAAGAACAUGGCUUUUACAAAAUCCGGGGCGCGGCUUGUCUGCUUGCUUCUGGCCCACGGCGCCGCGAAGGAUCGGAGACUAAUCCUGAAGGCAUUCAAGGAUACUUUUCAACUCAUGUCAGGAGAUCCCGUUGCUCAUGUCGUGAUCCUGACCGCCUACGACGUGAUUGACGACACCGUCAUGAUGUCCAAGGCCAUAUUCCCGGAGAUUCUUGGGGACUCAGAGGACGGGGUGCAGAACAUAAUCUUCUGCGCAAACGAUCUCAAUGCGCGGAAAACAAUCUGCUACAUCUUCGAAGGUCCGACCAAGUCCCUCUUUCCCCCAAGUCAGACGGAAGACCUGGAAUUCCUCAAGGAGGUGCACGAGAUUCGGAAAACGACAAGCAAGAAAGCCCCGGAGAUACGACGCAAUGAGUUGAUUGCCGCCCUUUCGCCGCAGCUCCUCGCGGCCAUUGCAGCGGCACCUGCCGACCUGGUGUCCACUUCAUUUGGAUGCCAGUUCGUCGCGGACGCCCUGCUGUCCGCAGUUGGCGAUAAAGAGGAAGCCCUUGGUGCUAUUGCAUCGACGGCUGCUGGGGACCCGGAAGAGGCUGUCCCGGAGGACGCCUAUCCUCCUCCGAGGCCACAUCUCUCACUCACCCCACACGGUGGCAAAAUGUUCAAGACAUUGAUUGCAGGAGGUCGUUUUGACAAGGAGACAGGCAAGGUCAAGCCCGUUGACCCGCCCCUGAAGUUUGCGGACAUGCUCUACCCCGUUAUCAAAGACCACAUCGUGGCAUGGGCAACCGGGCCAAGCUCCUUUACGGUGCUGGGUCUGCUAGAGGCGGAGGAUUUCUCCGACGCCAAGGCUCUCAGGAAAAUAUUGUCCAAGGACAGGAAGGCCCUGGAGAAGGCAGCACGCGAGGAGACGUCGGAACAGAAGGCUAAGAGGGAAGAAAUGGAGAAGGCCGGGUCGAAGGAGGGGUCGAAGGGCAAGAAGUCCCAGGCGAAGAAGAACGUGUCUGUGGGGAAUCUGGGUGCCAAGCUCAUACUUGAAAAGCUAUAGCUGGGAGCCUUACGCGGAGAGCGGCGCAUGUUUUAGUGUUGGUCCUUGAGCUUAGACAGUACACGCCAAGGAUGAUAGAGCGACGGUUGGUUCUCUUGAAUCCGAUCUCGAUGCAAACGGAAGAAAUUGGGAGUUGCCCCACGCUGCUUUGACUUAUGGAUGAUGUGCAUGUGAUCUGGGACAAGGAGCACGAAAGUAGAAGCAGCUAUUUAUGUUCCAUGCCAAUGAUGCUGGAGGCUGACUCCUUUCGGUUGCAGAGCAGUCGGCCCAUAAGGCUUGGGAUGAUUGAUGCAUGAUGCAUCGACGGUUCAGGGAAGGAGCAGCUCAGGAUGGCAGCUGCAGCAUCCCAGUUAUUCGGGACUUGAUAAUGGAAUAUUGAAUGCGACCUCGCUUAUGCAGAAGC